AUGAAAUUGCGCAUUGCUUCCCGGACGCAGGUCCAUUUUCGCCACUGCAUGCAGCGGGCUGCUUUCAGCACGUUCAACACGACUGAGGCUACUCUCAACCUCGUCCGUCAGUCAAAGCCAUGGCCGCCGUGGUUGCGAGCUGAGAUGCGAAGCAACUGGGCCGGAGAGACUGGCGCGGUGGCGAUUUAUCGUGGCUGUCAAGCAGCCCUGAAGCAUAUUUCGGGCGACUCCACGCGAGACACCCUUCGCCUGUUUGUGGAAGAGCACGUGGCCUCCGAAGAAGCACAUCUUGCCGCCAUGAGCGCCGUUGUUUCCCACUCGAGUGAGCAAAGCUGGAUGCCAGCCGAGUCUUUUGGAUUCGGUCUCGGAUACAUGUCCACUGCAGCCAGAGGUGCGCGUGGCAUGUAUGUCACAACCCAGGCAGUUGAGUCAUUUGUGGAAGAGCAUUACGGCGACCAGAUCGCCCGCUUGGAAGUGGAGCUUUCAGCCGGGGAGCACCAGCCGCGCGAGGCGUAUGAAGCUCUUCUCACGCUCCUGCGAGAUGCAUGUGCAGACGAGAUUCAUCACAAAGAGGAUGCAGCCUUGAGGCUUACAGAUCCGCACUGCAGUUUUCGAACCAGACUUCUGGACUCUGUUCAAUUUUCGGCCGUGUACUGGGGCUCCCGGAUAGGGGCUGCAUUCGCCAAGCGUCUUGAUGGAGCACGUUACGAAAUUGCAUUUGGGACCAUGGCGCAUCUGGCCGUUCCAUGGAGAGACCAGAAAGCAGUCUGGAUUCUCCUAUUCCUGGGAACCUGGGGAAGCCUUUGUCCACUGUUGGUGCAUGCCGUGGAGCCUCUUUCAAGGGCUCCUUUCAUGGCCUGUGUUGGGACAGAGGUUAUCAAAAGGACCACAUGGGAACAUACACAAAUCCUGGUUGACAAGUGGCCUGACAUCGAUCUCCCCCACUCCCGUGUGAUACGGAAGGUGCUAUGGGCCAUUACACACAAUGAUAUGCUCGAGGAGCAUGCUGAGGACUGCGGCUUUGCACUGGCAACUGUUCUGCUGGUUGCACUGCGUGCUAUUGACUAUGACGAUGGGCGUCAAGAGGCUCAGAAAAUGUUCCACUACUUGACCACGUCUUUAAUUCCGAAGCUAAAGCCAUAUUUCCCAACAGCGGCGAAAGAUGACUGGGCACCGGACUUGGAUGACUUGAGGAUCUAUCCGUUCUUGCUCGGGUUAGAGCCCCAACAUGACUGCUACGGCACGAGUUUGCGACUCUUCGUGUACAAACUGCCUGAGUUGACCAAAGGCGUCCUGCACUGCCAUCAUGGUCAGUGGGGUUUGGAGGCCCUGAUUCCUCAUUGGCUUCGCCAAGGCUCAUGCCUAACGGAGGAUCCUGACCAGGCUGAUUUCUUUCUGGUACCAUGGCACACGUGGUGUGAUCGCAUGAUUUACAAGAUGAACCAAACACGACGAGAAGUCUCUGCGGUGUACAUCGACAUGAUCAAGCGCAAAGACGACAUGCUGCCACAUUGGUCCAAAAAUGAUGGCUAUGACCAUGUGUUCGUGUUUUCGGACCAGGGCAUGAACUUCUUUCCUGAGUGGCGGGAUUACAUCCCUCACUCAAUGUUCAUCGUCACGGAAGCUUUGACACCCAGAUGCGGCCCGAGUUGUUUCAAUGCAUGGAAGGAUUUCGUAGUCCCAGGCCACACAGAUUAUUUCCGCUACAGGCGGAUGGCGCAAUUCAACUUGCCUUCCGAGCAAAGAACGUUGCUAUUCAACUUCCAUGGCCGGCAUCCGGGCCUGAACGACCUCUACAAGAAGAAUUUCGUACGAGGCAACAUCAUCAAGGUCUUCGAUGGGCUGGAGGGUGUGAGCGUAGGUGGAUUCACUGAUGACUACUUCGAGCGAAUGGGCGCAUCACAUUUUUGUUUGGUGCCUAUGGGAACUUCGUCUUGGACGAAUCACUUGUAUGAGGCCUUCUUUGCAGGUUGCAUACCGGUGAUUCUCAGUGACGGAUUCAAGGUACCCUUUGAGAGCUUCUUGGACUGGCCCAGCUUCUCUGUAAAGUGGCCAAUGGAGGACGUCAGCAUGGACCUGUACAACUUCUUGCUGAACACUCCCGUGUGGAUGUUGCGGAGGAUGAAGGCGGAGUGUUGCCGUCAGCGUGCAAACCACGUGUCUUCACACCCCCCGAGCCAGUGUACGGGAUGCAUGGCAAGGCGAACGACUGCAUGUGGGGGCCGUUUAACGCCGCAUAACGGGCCUCAGGGCGGUUCACAAGUCACGAAGUUAUUAGGAGCUUUGUUCCAGGCUCCGAGUCGUUAG